UAUACCAGUUACAGCCGCUCAUUUUUCAAAACCAAUAAUGUCUGGAAAUAGUGAAGAGUUCUGCUAAGUGUAAGAUCUCUUUUAUAUGAAAUAUAUGUAUAAAAAAGCGAAAUCAAGAGGAUUGAGAUUAGAUACUAGAGGCAACCCCUCCAAGGUGAGAUGAGAUUUAAGGUGAGAUAUAUUGCGUCGCAUAAUUACGACCCCCUAAGAUACCUGUUACUCUACCUAACCUACCUCCUAAGGCAAUAUCUACCAUUGCCUAGGUACCUAGGUAGAUAUAGAUAUUCAUCAUAAUGGACUCUUCGUUCCCUCAGUUUCAAUUCCUUCCCCCCGAGCUUCGUCAUAAGAUAUGGCGUCUUGCUAUACCACAUCGCAUCGUCCCAGCGAGGUUGAAGUUGGACCUAGAUGCGUGGAAUGCCGCGACAGAAUCGGAUUGGGUGCAAAUUCACUAUCGCAUCAUCCCCGACGGCCGGGCGCCACCCCUUCCGCGUUUAGCUCUCGUUAAUCACGAGGCACGGCAUGAGAUUAUAAAGAGCUAUAAGCCGCUUCAGAUUAGUAGAGAUGCCGUAAAGCGAUCCUUAGGAACCCAAUCGGUGGAUGAGGUAGCUCUCGGUAUUAUGUGUAGCAGCUCUAAAAUCACGCGGUUUAACGUAGAGAGCGACGUACUCGAAUGGGGAGAACCACGACGUUGGACUACUGGUACUCGGGAGUUACCAUAUCCAAUCUUCUUAGCUGCGUGUUUAUCAGUGAGACAUGUCAGCUUAGAAUACGACCUCGCGAUGCAUACGCAGCUGGAGACUCUAGCCCUAGCAGUUCUAGAUCAAGACCAGCAACUCGAGACGCUAACCAUUGGCGUCAACGUCGAAUUUCGCUCCGGUAAAUUGGAUUCGCGAUUCCGACUGGCGAGAAGCCCACCCGGUCCUAGCAUAUUCUUCCUGGAGAAGUUCGAGGAGUGGAAAGAUGUAGAUGAUAUCCUAUCGCAAUAUCCGACUUGCCUUCUGUAUAGAACCAGCCCGGACGACCCCGUACAAGGUUUGCAUCCUCUCGUCAACGAGACCCUCACAAAAGGCUACUCGCCUGCUCAAAAGCCUCUAUCGCCCAAGACGCGGCUGGACACUCGGUUCUCCGUCUACGAAAUACUUCAACCAGGAAAGCCAAAAGACGAAGGCUCGUCGCUCUCGUUGGACUGGGCCUACCAACAAGGAUCGAAGGUAUUCAUCCCGGACCGCUUCGGGAAUAAACACUUCUGGUAUUACGAAGGCAUACAAGUAGAUAUUCUCCUAUGGCUUCAGCGACUGAGGGAUGUUAAGGAUGGUCAUAACUUGAUGGUUCCUUGCCAUGGGUUUUGCGUGCCUGAUUACGGGUUGCCAUAAUAGAGACAUUGUGGGGUAUUUAUUUGGCAAAGACCUUUGGAUGUUCUUAUAGAAUUAAAUCAUCUACAUAAUAGAUGUCUUUAUGGAUGCAUAAGUUCACCAGGUACAAUACCUUUUGCUCUUUACUAAACCUUAUCUCCUUAGGACCCAAACAUGGGUCCAGGACUAGUAUGCAGUAGCGUAUUGCUAGGUAGCUGGCCCUGACGUAUCAAAAUUCAACGUUUAGACACAUCCC